AUGUUCGAGCUACCACCAAAGCGCAAGCGCGGUCGCUCUCCAGGGGCAGAGGUCCGUCCACGAGGCGCGCACAAGCGAGGGAAACGCAUCGUCUCGCUUCUCGCGACACUACAGCGCGGCGACGAACCGGAAGGGGAUCCCCAAGCCGCUUCCCUCCUGGGCGUGCCAGGUCUCACGCGGCAGGCGUUGGACGCAUGCGUCGCUGCCUUUUUCGGAAGCACACGACACACGGUACGCGUCUCCCAGCCCGCAGACCUAUUUGCGCGCCGCGUCCGAGUCAUGCUCUACGAGACGGCGGGUCUUGAAGUCCCCAAAGACCUUAUGGGAAUUGAAGCUGCUGGUGAAUUCCUGGCUCUCGCUAUAUCAGCCCUGGGUGCGCCAGCCUCGCCCUAUCCCCAACUUGAGGGCGCAUUACGAGAAAGAUGUCUCGAACUUGCAACCGACGCCGAAUACCUCGCCAACGCAGGCCUAGACGCAGUUGAAGCCGCCAACCUGAUCGCCGAAGGGCCAUACCCCAUUGGAAUCUCUCACCUUUGUGAAUCCAAUCCACUCGUCCUCGACCCUUUAGGUCUGGGAUAUCCGGUCGAACUGGCAGUGUAUCAUAACGUACACAUCCAGCCGGUCGGGGGAGACCAUGUGCGGCGUGAAGCCGUGUUCUGGUCCGUGUGGGCAGGAGACGCACUCCGUUCAACUUGUGUGGGCAUACAGGCUGCAAUGGCAGAUACGGAUCUCGACGUGCUCGCCAAAGGGACGAAUUUUGACCUCGCACGACUGCGCGCGGCUGAUAACCCCGAGAUGAUGACUUUGCCCGCCACAAUGGCUAUGCUUGCCGCUCGUAACUUGCUGUAUGUCGUUUGCUGGGCGGCGGCAAAGUGUGACGCCAUACAACAUCCGCGGAACCUCGCCUCGCGAAUGGUCGACGAGGUGGAAGCAGCGGCUAUGCGCGGAGCACAGUACAUGGUGUCACUCGCGCAUACGAUCGUGGAGAGUAAAUUGCCAGUGCCAGUGGUCGUGUCUUCGCGUCUCGUUUCGGUUGUUGUCUUCCUCGUCCAUCGUGUGCUCGAAAACACCCAGAAGGGCCGACCGGAACGCAACCUUGAACCAGUGGGAAAUGCCGACGCUCUCAUCAAUGCGAUAGAGGGUAUGGAGUGCUACGCCGACACGGCGAGCGUCGCCGUCGCGUUACGGGACGCCCUCGCGCGCGCCGAGGGCCCAGAUGCCCAGCCUGCGCUGGUACCUGACCUCGUCACUAUGCUCCUACAGCACAAUAUCCAGACGCCUUUCAGCGCGCUCGAGAUCUAG